UGCCCGCGCGGUGACCCGAUGCUCUUCCCGUCUCUUCCCUGCGCCAGACCCCAGCCGCCCAGCCACGGAGAAGCCGGCGCCGCCGCCGCCGCCGCCGCCGCCCCGGCCAGCGCUGAGGAGCCCCGGCUGUGCCCGACAGAGACUGCCCCUUGCGUGGCGGAGAUGCUGCCGGGCCCCGAGGCAGGCCUGCAGGCAGCAGCCACGCACGCGGUGGAGCUGCCGCCCUGCCACGGCUUGCUGGGGCCCUACCUCGGGGAGCUGCCGGCGGCUGAUCUGCAGCCGCUCCCGCCCAGUCCCCCGGAGCCGCCGCGGGAGCUUCCCCCUCGCGGGCAGUGCCUGAUGCACAACUGGCAGGAGGAGAGAGCCACCAAUGAUCUGGACCGAGUGCCAAGGCCCGAGUAUGGCACGGAGGGAUUUUUCUACCGGCAUGGGCAUCCUGGCCUUCUCACCCUUGAAUUUCUCGCUGGAGUGGCCAAGAGCACCACUAUGAAGGACUCCUACCUUUGGCCCCUGAAGACAGGGCUCCCCAUGCGAGGGAAGCGAGAGGCUAUGAUGGAGCAUCUUCUGUACCAGAAACACAGCAAGAGCCUCCUGGAGGACGACGUCUACCCACCACCCCAGCCCCUCGAGUCCACCUCCAUCACCCACCGGGACUAUAAUCAGGAGGGCGUCCUUUCCAUGCCCCCGCUCCCCACUCAGGUAAGGGCCCCUUUGUGCUGGAAGAACGGCCAGGCUGUCCAUCGCCUCCCUCACUGGACACCCCCAGAAGGCUCCUGGCUGCCAUGGGACUUCUCCUCUCCUCUCUGCAGCCCCACGACUAUCGGCUGGAGCAACCACAGACCUUCUGGCUCGAACAUGCCCAAGAGGUGCCGGUGA